AUAGAAAGUGAAGAGAUGGCCACCAAAGAGAAGCUGCAGUGUCUGAAAGACUUCCACAAGGACAUCCUGAAGCCAUCGCCAGGAAAGAGCCCAGGCACACGGCCUGAAGACGAGGCUGAGGGGAAACCCCCGCAGAGGGAGAAGUGGGCCAGCAAGAUCGACUUCGUGCUGUCUGUGGCAGGUGGCUUCGUGGGCUUGGGCAACGUCUGGCGUUUCCCGUACCUCUGCUACAAAAAUGGUGGAGGUGCGUUUCUCAUACCGUAUUUUAUUUUCCUGUUUGGGAGUGGCUUGCCUGUGUUUUUCCUGGAGAUAGUCAUUGGCCAGUACACCUCUGAAGGGGGCAUCACCUGCUGGGAAAAGAUCUGCCCCUUGUUCUCUGGCAUCGGCUACGCCUCCAUCGUGAUUGUGUCCCUCCUGAAUGUAUACUACAUCGUCAUCCUGGCCUGGGCCACAUACUACCUGUUCCAGUCCUUCCAGAAGGAGCUGCCCUGGGCACACUGCAACCACAGCUGGAACACACCCCACUGCGUGGAAGACACUUUGCGCAAGAACGAGAGUCUGUGGAUCACCCUCAGCACCACCAACUUUACUUCCCCUGUCACCGAGUUCUGGGAGCACAACGUGCUGAGCUUGUCCCCUGGAAUCGACCACCCAGGCGCUCUGAAAUGGGACCUCGCUCUCUGCCUUCUUUUGGUCUGGCUGAUCUGUUUCUUCUGCAUCUGGAAGGGCGUCAGGUCAACAGGGAAGGUUGUCUACUUCACCGCGACUUUCCCGUUCGCCAUGCUCCUGGUGCUGCUGGUCCGUGGGCUGACACUGCCUGGCGCAGGCGCAGGCAUCAAGUUCUACCUGUACCCUAACAUCACGCGCCUCGAGGACCCACAGGUGUGGAUUGAUGCCGGGACCCAAAUAUUCUUCUCCUAUGCCAUCUGCCUGGGGGCCAUGACCUCGCUGGGGAGCUACAACAAGUACAAGUACAACUCGUACAGGGACUGUAUGCUGCUGGGAUGCCUGAACAGUGGUACCAGUUUUGUGUCUGGCUUCGCAAUUUUUUCCAUCCUGGGCUUCAUGGCACAAGAGCAAGGGGUGGACAUUGCUGAUGUGGCUGAGUCAGGUCCUGGCUUGGCCUUCAUUGCCUACCCGAAAGCCGUGACGAUGAUGCCGCUGCCCACGUUUUGGUCCAUUCUGUUUUUCAUUAUGAUUCUCUUGCUUGGACUGGAUAGCCAGUUUGUUGAAGUUGAAGGACAGAUCACAUCCUUGGUUGAUCUUUACCCAUCCUUCCUAAGGAAGGGUUGUCGUCGGGAAAUCUUCAUCGCCAUCGUGUGUAGCAUCAGCUACCUGCUGGGGCUGACGAUGGUGACAGAGGGUGGCAUGUAUGUGUUUCAGCUCUUUGACUACUAUGCAGCUAGCGGUGUAUGCCUUUUGUGGGUUGCAUUCUUUGAAUGUUUUGUUAUUGCCUGGAUAUAUGGCGGUGAUAGCUUUUAUGAUGGUAUCGAGGACAUGAUCGGCUAUAGGCCCGGGCCCUGGAUGAAGUGCAGCUGGGCUGUGGUCACUCCAAUUCUCUGUGUUGGAUGUUUUAUCUUCUCUCUUGUCAAGUAUGUCCCCCUGACCUACAACAAAGUCUAUGUGUAUCCCACCUGGGCCAUCGGGCUGGGCUGGAGUCUGGCCCUGUCCUCCAUGAUCUGCAUCCCCUUGGUCAUCGUCAUCCGCCUCUGCCAGACGGAGGGACCACUCCUGGUGAGAGUCAAGUAUCUGCUCACCCCAAGGGAACCCAACCGCUGGGCUGUGGAGCGGGAGGGGGCCACACCCUACCAGUCUCGCACAGUCAUGAACGGCGCUCUCAUGAAACCCACCCACAUCGUCGUGGAGACCAUGAUGUGAGCUCUCUCGGGUCCACGGGCCGACUGCUUUCCUGCUGUUUACUAACAUUAGAUUCUCAUAGGACCAGGUUUACAGAGCUUUAUAUUUGCACUAGGAUUUUUUUUUUUAAUUGUCACAGAAAAUGUUCCCUUGUAUGUGUGUGUGUAUUGUGCGUGUGUGUAUUUUGUUUUGAUUUGGGGGUAUUUUAUAUAAAAAGAAAACCCACGGGCAGUUGUCCAGGGAGAGGCAGAGCUUUCAUACUGAAUUACAUGUAUUUUAUGGGAACUUGGUAAAUUUUUCUUUGUAUUUUUUUGUUUUUUACACAUAACUAUAUAUACACUUAGAGAUUGUCAUACAUUUUACCACUUGAAUUGAUCUUCUUGCCAGCAAUAGAUCUCAUUUUCAAAAGCAAUUCUUUGGUGCUUGUGUAGCUGGUAAAAGUUCUGCCCAAGAAACACAGGGUGGAAUUUUCUCGGGACAGCAGAUCCAUCUUAAAGCGUAGUACCUUCCAAAGCCUGGUUCAGGAGGAAGAAAACCACAGGGAGAGGCCCACCCUCCCGAGCCAGUGGGGCAGGAGAAACAAGGGCCAUGAGGAGACACCUCAUUCUGCGUGUCUUAGCCAAGAAGAGAGAUGCCAAAACAAUGAACCACCCCGCAAAUAAAAGGGACUGAGUAACACCAAAAGAUGAAGCCUACAGCACACACUUGAUUCUAAGGGUAGUAGAAACUGGUGCAGCAGGAGCAAAAUCCCACCCUUUUAUUUUGAGAUCGAAGGUGGAUCGUCAGUAGGACUGUCAGAACCAUUGGUCUGAGAGGGCUGGCAGGAGGGGGCUCGGGUUUGGGUGCCCCCAGGAGGCUCACUACUCGGCCUUGCAAGGGGGGGUUGAGACAGGGGAGGCCACAGUCUUUCCUGGGACAUUCCAGGCAGAGACCUGCAUCCAGCCCCGCAGGAGCUGGGGUCUCGGGGCUCAGAACUUCACACGGGAUGGGUCUUUUGCGUUGGAGUGGGGUCAUGGAGGGUUGUGGUCCUGCCCCACACAGCAUCUCCAACACCUCUGGAAACUGCCUGCAGGAGGGACAAGAGGUGAGGCAGGGAAGGGAGUAGACUGAAGGAUGCGGGUCCUGGGGAGGGGCGCUUUUCUCUCCUUACCUCCCUACCUCCAGCUCUGUCCUCUUCUCCCAGAGGUGGGGAGACUCCUGCCGAGCUCUCGUCAGAGAGGCCAGCCCAGGGCCACCCGGGCUCUAGCAAGGAGUGCCAAGAGCAGCUUUUGAGGUUGGAUCUUUGAGUCACGUGAAAUGCUCCCCAAAUUCUCCCAGUGCAGGCAUAAGGGCAGCCCUUGUCAGUGACUUGGGAUCUAACAAAGUUCCUCAUUUCAAACCCCCUGCAGUAACUGGUGUCAGACAUUUCACCAUGUGGGGACCGAGCAGAGAAGGCAAAGGAGAAUUUUCAAGGAGGUUGGGAUUGUCCAGGGGUCUGGGACCUCAGCACUGGCGUGUCCUUACACAGAGCAGAGUUCCUCUCUGAACCAGGAGAGAAGGGGCUGCACCUUUAAGAUCCACCCACUUGGACCUAAACUGUGCCAUUUGAACAGUCACUUCCAAGUUCAGAGUCUAAAGUAAACCGAAACAUUGUCACACACACAGGCAGUGGCUGCCUCGGUGCGGAGUGGAGGCCGGCGUGGGCUUCCAGAGCAGGGGCUCUCGGGAUCCUGGAAACCCCCUCCCCACAUUUGGGAGCGGGAGGAGCCUCUGGUGUCCCCCCUCCCUAAAGACAAUUCUGAACCUUUUGUCUUUGGCAAGUGUACACCUUUCACUGUGUCCAAAGCUAUAUACUCUGCCAAACAACACCCAGUCCUAUUCCAAACCAUCAACAAUGUGUUCCUAUUUUUCUAUGUGUUUAUGGUCCCUGUUGUGUCUGAUUUGAUUUUACUGUUUUUUCCCUAUUUUUAAUGGGUAGCAAUGUGACCUGUUUUCCUUGUCUUAUGUAACUGUAGUAAACUAACCACAGUCAAUGACUGGGGACAGGUGACAUGCGGGGAAGAGGGGGCUUGGCAAGCAGUGGCUACCUGGGCAUUUGUGGUCAUUUCUGUCUCCAUCUCCUCUCCAGGGCUCAUACCCCGUUACAGUAUUUCGGGUUGGUAGACAAAUAGCAGCAUUUUGGAAAUGGCCUGAGGAAGCCUCUUCUUAUAAGAUUCCCAGACCAAAUUCUAGACCAAAGACACAUGCAGACCAAGUCCCUAAACCCCACCUGGAAGGAAGGUCGGCCACCUUCCCCAAGCCCAUUCCUCGACAAUCUCCUGAGUCACCUGUCUCCAGUUCUGAUCCCUCUUGCCCAGCCCCUGGGGCUCUUGUGUCUCUGCAGAACUUGGCUCUGUGCAUACAAUGUGUAACGAUGCUUGACUUUCAUGUCUCCAUAUAAAUGAAACUUUUCAUUAGAGCCCGUGACUCUGGUCCACCUGUGUCUGGAGAAUGGGCAAAGUCCUCUGCCUGUUCUCUGCUUGGGAUGGGUCAGAAAUUCUGAUGCCUGAACAUAGCCCAGCCAGCCAAAUCUGGAAAGGAAGCGAGGGAGGUGUUUAAAGCAUUUUUAGUAAGAUGGAAUGGGUGAAUCUCAGCCAGGGAGAUGCUUCAUUGAGAUCGGCGUGUUAGUCACCACAGUACAGAGUCCCCAGCUGUCAGUGAGGGAAAGACCUAAACAGCCCCUCAUCCAAAGCCCUCAUCUUAAAGGGAAAACUGAGGCCCACAGCAGGGAAGGGACUUUGGCACCACGAGUCAGGAAUGAAAACGGACUUUCUUGAGUUGGCUGAGCUGCAGGUUCUCCAAGGUAUGUGCAGUGAGGGGCGAGUGUGGGACCAGGGCUGAAUCCAAGUAGGUCUCAAGGUUCUUCCUGACAACCAAAGAUAAGCCUCUAUGAAAAAGGAAACGCCCAGCCCCACUGCUCAGGGAUGAGGUGAGCUGCACCAUCGCCCUCUGACUGACCUCAUGGGCCAGUUGGACCCUGAGCUGUGGCCUCAGGUAGGAGAGGCAGGCACCUGUUUACCCUGGCCCUGCAUGGGGACUUCUUCCUCCCAGCAGCCCUCCGUGAGCUAGAAAUUGAGAUUCCUCUUUGCACAAGAGGAGACUGAGGCCCAGAGAAGCCAGUUGAUGUGCCAGACCUUUAGGCAGGAUUUAAAUGAAGGCCCCCAGGGCUCCAAACUUAGCCUGAGGCCAGGUAGGAAAUUCCCAGGCAGCAGAAGGAGCCAUGGGUGGUUCCCCCCAGGACACCCCUGGGCAGUGUGCAGCUCCCUGUCUGUGCCGCCAGUCCCUUGUCCUCACCCAGGUGCCACCACACAAUGGCCUACGACCCAGCCAGCAGCUCCUAGCACUGCCUCUCCUAAUGGGGAAAUGCUCUGGGCAGCUGGUCUAAGACAGAGGCAUCUUAUUCCCCCCACCCAAGACUCAGACACAAGCCAGGAAAGACCCAAGAGAAACCCUCUCCAGGUGGCCAGAGGUUCCAUCUAUCCCUCAGACUCAGGGGCAGGCGAUCCCAGGCCGGGCUGUGCGCGUGGAUGCUGCAAAUACCACUGUGUGCAAAGACCCAAGUACAAAACCACAAGACAAAACGAAACACCCAGAUAGCAAAUCCUGUAGAGAGGUGGGCAACCUGGAAGCCAGGGACAGCAUCUGCCCCUCCCCUGUGCCUGACCUUCAUAGUACAUCCUGUUUUAUAGGAAGCUGUUUUUCAUUGUUCUCUUGUGGGUGUCACUGCAGACGUGUUCUGGCGUGUUCCUGAGGGAGGGAGCAUCUUGUUAUUUCUUUGGCUGCAAAUUGAGAUGUUGGCUCCAUGUUGUUAUUUUGUUUUUUGGAUUUUUUUACCCAUUUAAUCUUCCGGUCCCUAGCAACUGUGACUCUGUAUUUAGCACAAGAGAAACCUGAGAACGUGGGUCUUGCCUCCUUGCAGAAAUAUGUCUGGCUCAUCAGGACGUUUUUUUAAAGCUUCAGAAUAUUUUUAAGAUAUUUUAAACUUUUGUAAAAAAAUAAAAAACAAGUCAACCAACAAGAGACUUUUCUGAGGAGGAUAUUUGUAUUUGAACAAGAUGCUUGGUGUAUGAUUCAGUCUUGCAGUAUACACGCUUUUGUGUGUAGAUGUUUUAUGAUAUGAAUCCCUGCAUUUUGCAGGGCUGUUUUCCCUCAUUUGCUUUUUAGAUAAAUAUGUAUAUCAAUAUUUUAAACUCAUCUUUGCUUUUUUUUAGAGGAGUUUGUAAUCACCUUAUAACAUGAAAAUAAACAUUUCCUUUUUAAAAUCCAA